AUGUGCAUUAUAUUUGUCUAUGCCCUCGUAUUCACAGAGAUUUCUCUGAUUUACGCAUCGCCAUCUCAGGGUCCAUUUCGAACUGUGUCUAACAAUCAUCAGUUCUACGAUGUCCAGGCUCAUCGUGGAGGAAGAGGAAAUGUUGUCGAGAGCACUCUACCGAGCUUUGCAUGGGGCCUCAUCGACGGCGCCACCACACUCGAACUAGACAACGGCAUCACUCAGGAUGGUGAAGUCGUUGUAUGGCAUGACGAGAGUAUAUUACCAGAAAAAUGCUCUGACACUGCACCGGUGGUCCCAGAUGAUCCCGCAUAUCCUUAUGUCGGAAAGUUUAUAUCAAAUCUGACGUUGGCUCAGAUAAAGACCCUCGAUUGUGGAUCAAAGCGUCAAACGAAUUAUCCUCACCAGCUUGCAUAUCCUGGAGCACGGAUACCCACAUUACGGGAAGUCUUCGACUUCGUGUCCUGCGCAGAUCUGUCCCACCAGAUCCUUUGGAACAUAGAGUCAAAAAUUAACGCUCGAUACCCAAAUCAAACUGCUGGCGUGGAUGAUUUUGUCCAGAAGCAACAUGAGAUAUUCAUAUCCAGCCCAUACUACCAAUCUAUUACGUAUCAAAGUUUUGACUGGCGAACUCUGGUAUCCAUGAAGACAUUGGAUGAUAAACUUAUAACUUCUGCUCUUAUCGAUGAGGACACUGCUUUUACGCCGCGUGGCUCAACUUCCCCGUGGCUGGCUGGCCUACGCCUUGAAUCAUUUCCCGGACCAUCACUGUCCGAGCAGAUAGCACAAGCCGCCCAUGCUAUACAAGCGGAUAUUUUAUCUCCCACUGGAACAUUCCUCAUUCCCUCUUCGUCCCAUGAGGGAUCCUCUCACUUCACAACUCCUGAAAUGAUUAGCGAAGCUCACAGGUUCGGUAUGAAAGUUGUACCUUGGACUGUGAAUGGCUUGGACCGUGCCGAAGAGCUCUUCAAGGAUGGUGCAGAUGGAAUUAUUACGGAUUACCCAAACGUUGUUAGGCGGUGGGCCAAGCAACAAGGACUCCGGGUGGCGCCUAAAUAUCCCAGACAGCGUGUCUUCUCCUGCUUAUACCAGCACAUGCGUUAGUGUUCUUGAUGCGGUGCACCGAAGGAUAGAUUUUCCCCAUUCGUGUAAGAUAGCGAUAUCACAUUCUCAGUAUAUGAUUACCAGGCAGCUUAGAUUUCAUCAGCCACAAACUGAAAAACCAUACAAAUCAGGACAUCACUACCAUGUAAAUAAGACACGUACCAUCUACGUUCUAUUACACUCGAGACUUGUUAGGGGUUGACACGAAUACAUCAAGAAAUAUGGAACUUCUGUUGGCCUAUUGAGGGCUAUUGCCCUACGUGCGGCAUGCCGCCACACCGAGAACGUAAGUACAUAUGUCUCCAAAUCACACAUUCGAUCGGCAAGUUGUCUACCACGACUAAGGAGGUAACUGCAA